CAAGCGGGGCGCGCGGCGCUCGCUGAGGGAGGCGCGGGGAAGGGGCGCGGACGGGGGGAACGGGAGGGAAGGAGGCUCCGAACGCGCCCGUCCCACCCCGCUUUCCCCUCGGGGAGUCGUGCCGGCGAGCCCCUCAGUGCCCGGAGCUGCCCUGUGCCCUCCGCGGCCGCUCCCGGUGCUCGCUGCCCGCCGCGCGUCCCUGCGUGCCCCGAGGGGUUCCUGAAGCGGAUCGGGUCACACACAUCAAGUGUCGUAAUCGCCAGGAGGUUUGGGAACGGGCUUGCUGGAGCUGCCUGCCGGCAGAGCCAUGGAGGACUUGGAAAAUAAUACCACUGUCUUCUCCACCCUGAGAUCCCUCAACAACUUCAUUUCACAGCGAAUGGAGGGAGUGUCUGGGCUGGCUACACCUGGAUCUUCUCAAAGCUCCUUACAGAUGCAGUACCAGCAGAGGAUGCAGCUGGAGGAACAAGCUGGGCAGAUCCACUCCAAAUCCCAGCUGCUGCAGGUGGAACGGGAGAAGAUGCAGAUGGAGCUGAGCCACAAACGAGCUCGCAUCGAGCUGGAGAAGGCAGCCACUACCAAUGCCAGGAAUUAUGAGCGAGAGGCUGAUCGUAACCAGGAGCUGCUCACGCGCAUAAAGCAGUACCAGGAAAGGGAAACAGAGGCUGAAAAUAAACUGAAAGAACAAAUGGAGAUGAACAAAUCUUACAAGAAGAGCAUGGAGACAAUGAGUAAGAAGCUUCAAGAGAAGGAGAAUAAAUUAGCUGAAGCUAAUGAAACAAUCACUGUAUUAAAAGGGAAAAUAUCAGAGCUGCAAUGGAAUAUAAUGAACCAAGAGAUGCAGAUGACAAGCCAAGACUCUCAGAAGCAGGAACUGAUGGAGCAGCUGGAUGUUGAAAAAAAGAAAUGGCAGGAGGCAAGUCAGCAAAUCCAAACACUGCAAGCAAGCCAGUCCUUACUGACAGAAUAUGAACAGAAGAUUAAGGAUCUGGAGCAGAAGUUGUCCCAGCAGGAACAUGAUGCUGUAAUUGUCAAGAACAUGAAGGCAGAACUGGCUCGUUUCCCAAAAAUGGAGCGUGAAUUGCGUCAGCUAAGGGAGGAAAAUGCCUACUUCAGGGAAAUGAAAGAAAACAAUGGUUUGCUUAAAGAGGAAGUAGAAGGUCUCCAAAGAAAGCUGGAACGCUACGAGAAAGUCCAAGCACAGCUAGUGACUGUGGAAUUGGAAAAUGAGAAACUUCUGGGAAAAUUGCAAAGCUGGGAGAAACUGGAUCAGAGCACUGGCUUAAAUAUCAGGACACCUGAUGAUCUCUCGAGGCAAAUUGUGGCCCUGCAGCAGCGGGAGCUUGCCCUGAAAGAGCAGAAUUCCACCUUCAUGAACAGUGCCCGGAUGCUGGAGAAGGCCCGGCAGCAGCUGCAGGAGGAAAUCCUGUGUGUCCAGAGCCAGCUCUUGGAUGAGAAGAAGAAACGGGAGCACCAGGAAGCGUUGGUCAGGCGGCUGCAGAAACGCGUGGUGCUCCUCACCAAGGAGCGUGACGGGAUGCGGGCGAUCCUGGAGUCGUACGACAGCGAGCUGACCCCGGCCGAGCACUCGCCGCAGCUGAGCCGCCGCAUGCGCGAGGCUGAGGACAUGGUGCAGAAGCUGCACACUCACAACACCGAGCUGGAGGUUCAGCUGUCUCAGGUUCUGGAAGAAGUGGGAAACCACAAGCAAAGAGCAGAGAUGCUGGAGGUGGAGAUGAAGGUCCUGAAGUCUCAGCAGUGCACGGCUGAGCAGAGCACUGUCAUCACCAAGGAGGAGGUGGACACACUCAGGCUGAAAAUUGAGGAGCUGGAAGCUGAGCGCAGCAAGCUGGCAGAGGAGAACAGAUCUCUGGAAAUGCAGCUGGAGAAGCUCACUCUGCAGGGUGACUACGACCCCAGCAGAACCAAAGUUCUCCAUUUCAGCAUGAACCCGCUGAGUUUGGCCAAGCAGCAGCGCAAGGAGGAGCAGCAGCAGCUGCAGGAGGAGUGUGAAAGGCUGCGGGAGCUGGUGCGGGUGCUCAAAGGAGGCGGCUCCGUCUCCGGCAAUCUGGAAGGAGUUGGGGGUUUUCAGUCCCCACAAGAAGUUGCAGAGCUGAAGAAGCAAGUGGAAAGUGCAGAACUGAAAAACCAGCGCCUGAAAGAAGUUUUCCAGACCAAGAUCCAGGAGUUCCGCAAGGUGUGCUACACGCUCACGGGGUACCAGAUCGACAUCACCACGGAGAACCAGUACAGGCUCAGCUCCAUCUACGCCGAGCACCAGGGGGACUGCCUGCUUUUCAAGGCCUCCAGCUCCUCUGGUGGAAAAAUGCAGCUUCUGGAAACGGAGUUCUCACGAACCAUCCGGGAGCUCAUCGAGCUCCACCUGCUGCGCCAGGACAGCAUCCCAGCCUUCCUCAGCGCCCUCACCCUCGACCUCUUCAGCCGCCAGACCAUUGCUUAGUGUCCCACCGCCAGCUGCCAGCCAGGGUUUGGCCCUCCUGGGCAGGACACUUGAGGUAGCAAGGAAAAAUUCUCCUGUUCACCAGCCUUUAUUUGUGGUUUUGGGUUGUUUCUGUUUUGCAAGGAACUCCUUCUUCCCCCUUCUUUCAUGCUGAGUCACAAAUCCCACCAAUUCUCUGAAAAGCAUAGUUUUCCUCCUGUGAGAGGGCAAGUCUAGCUCCAUCCCAGGGCUCUCCUGUGACAGGAUGCAAUCCCUGCCUUUGAACUGGGCCAUGUGUUCAUCACUACCCAGAUUCUCUGUCUGGGAAUAUGGUGGGAACUGCUGGUGUGAGGAGCCCCAGCAUCACCAUUCACAGCUUUUCCCAAAAGGAUUCCCUAAAUCUGAGCCCUAACAAAGAGACAAACCAGCAUCAGGCUGGUGCUUCCUGCAUGGUUGUCCUCUUCUAAUGGCAGCCAAGGGCUUGGUCCUUGAGGACAGAGACCCAGGGAAAGUCUCUUGCUCUUGCAAACAUCUCGUCACUCAGCAAGUUUGAAAUCAUUUUUAAGAUAUCAGUGACCUGAGUCUGCCAUCACUCAUCAGACAAGCACAAACAUAAAUGGCCAUCUGAAACUCCUAUACCUGUGCUGACACCUCUGUGGCUCAGUCACUGCCAUGCUUCUGGUUCCUUACUGAGGAAUCAAAACUCUCUCUUACUGAGACUUUAGGGCUCUUGGUUAUCUCAGGUCUGUAGAAAGUAGAAAGGAGCAGUUUGGGCUCCAUUGUGUUCAAUGCUGGUGGCUUUAGCCUGCUGCCUGCCACCACCCUGUGGGUGUCUGUCUUGGGAGGUCUCCUUCCUCCUCCCCUCCAUGGGGAGUGGAGCGUCCCCAGAAGUCUGACACUUUGUGUUAUAAUGGAUGUAGUGCUUUUGUCAUAACAAUAAAUUGCCACUGCCCAAA